AUGUCUGGCGACUCGGCUCGCUCCGCCCGCGACGGGAGACAGAGGGGUAGCAUGGAGAGCCGGCAUUUCUCUACCUACUCGUCUCCGCCGGCGUCGCAGCGUCCCCCUUCUGCCUCCCGUUUGACAAGUCGGACCUCACCCUCUUCGCCGUUUCCCUCCUCCAUCUCAUCUGCACAGUCCACGCCGGCGUACUCGGCUUCGUUCUCGCCUGCGAUGCGGCCUGCCGCGACGCCCAGCUUUCCAAGUGACUCCGCGGAUGUGCUGCCUCAUCACAAUCACUUCUCCCCUCUCUUCCCGCCCGGCUGCCCCUACACUCCGCUCGGCCUCCUCGGUACGGGCGCCGUCGCAAAAGUCUAUCACUGCCUCGACAGAAGAAGCAAUCCGCCCACCCAUGUCGCCGUCAAAGUCUUUGCGGUGUCUCCGGGUCUGCAGAUUCGAAAGCAAAUUAUUAAGCGAAACCCCGUUCUGCGGCAGCAGGUUAUGCACGAGAAGGAAAUUCUUCGGCGACUCAGCGUACCGCUCUCGCAAGCAGCGCCUGGGCCUGCGCGUGCGUCGUCUGCCCCGUCGGUCUCGUCGUCGCCCUUCCCGCUGUCGGCGUCUCCAGUUUUGGCUUCUUCCGCUGCGGCAGGGCCUCGGGAGGCGGAGGCGUGCGAGACGCGAGACAAUUGCCAGGCGCGCGGCAGCCGCGAGGGCGAGGAGACCGGCCGAGAGGGCGACGCGCUUCCCAGCGCCAGCAGCACUUCCCAGGACGCCGAGGGCGUCUUCUCCGCGGCGAGGCCUGGCGACCCGGACGGGGAGGGCGGCGGCGCGGGGCCCCCCCCGGAGCCCCUCUUUUGUCCAUUCAUUCCGCGGCUGCUGCAUUCGUUUCAAGACAGCCAGCGUUUGUUUCUCGUGAUGCAUUUGUCGGGGUUUUCGGAUCUGCAGGAAAUUCUGCGGCGCGUGAGUCCGGCGCCGGCGUUACCCCCGUCGCUCGCCGCGUCGUUGCCGACGGCCGCCUCGCCGUCGCCGAUUCAGCUGAGUGCGGUCGCCGCCAAGACGUGGAUCGCCGAGCUGGUGGGCGCGCUGGAGUGGAUGCGCCGGCAUGGCGUAGUGCAUCGGGACUUGAAGCCGCGGAACCUCGUGAUUUCGAAGGAGGGACAUCUGGCGGUUGUCGACUUUGGCUCUUCACUUCUGCUUCCGGCAGACUGGAACGGGGGCAGCUCGAACGCGAGUGAAGACGGCGCCAGCGACCGCGACGCGGAGCGACGCAAGCUGGAGAUUCAUGGGCUCCGGCGGCGCUUCGCUGGCAGCCGCUGCAGCUCCUCGGACUCUCUGUCGUUCAGCAUCCCGUCUGAGACGCCUCGCGACCUGAGCGCGGCUUCCCCUGCCUCCGUCACAUCCGCGCGCGCCUGGGGACCGGCGCCCGCGGCUUCUGAGCCGCCGGCGCAUGCGUCGUCGCUCGUCUUGCCGCCCUCGCCGUCGUUGCCCCUGCCGCACUCUGCCUCGCUGCGUGUCGCGGCGUCUCCGUCGCAGCAUUUGUCUGCUGCCUCCUCGCUCUCGCUGUCUCACACGCCCUCUCUGCUGCUGUCGCCGUCGUUGUCGCUCCGGCUGCCGCCGUCGUGUGCCUCUGCGUGCCCGCUGCCGUCCUCGGCCGCGUCCCCGUCCGGGACGUCUGCGUCGAGCGCGUCGUUCUCGGUUUCUUCCUCGCCGCUGCUCGCCUCGUUUUCGCCGGCGACGCCCUGUCAAACGUCCUCGCCUGCGUUCGUGGCGGCCUCGCCUUCGUCGACCUUCUGUCCUGCGUCGCCAGAAGCAAGUGGGGCGUCGGCGCAUGCCCAGCGGCUCGCUCUCGCGGGCAGCUCAGACGCAGCGGCCGACAAGCAUCGGGAGGAUCUGCGCCGCCCCCAGGGGGACUACGCGGCAGCUGAGGGGGCGCCUGGCGGUCCCUCUCAGGAGCGAGUCGGCGCGACUGAGAAGCCCGCGGGCGGCGCCCUCGAGUGCAAGAGCCCGGAGCAGCCAUCGGGCAACCCCGGCGCAGCUGCAGAGGCCUCCGCGGCCCUCGGCGCCUCGCUGGCGCUCGUCCCCGAAUUGGCUGGCACGUACCUCUACGCGGCGCCCGAGUGCUUCAAACAGGCAACGGCUGCCGGCGAGCCGGGCUGCGCCUCAGCCGUUCAAGAGGCGAAGGCUCGCGGAGGCGCGCUUGCCGCGGAACGCCAGGCCCUCAGCGCGGAGGGAAGCGCCGCGUGCAGCGAGGCGACGGAGACUCCUGGGUUGUGCGGGCAGGCGGGCGGCGACUCGAGGCAGCCCACGCCGGAAGCCACGUCGAGUUCGCCAGACAUGCCGUCGGCCUCGCCCGUGUCUGUUGCGUCGCCUUCCUCCGCGUGCCCCUCUUCGUUUCCCUCCUCCGUCCAGUCCCCCGCGCGGCCGUCGCCGAGCGGCGCCGGCGCCUCUUCAGCCGGCUGCGCUUCGGGGGGCGCUGCGUCGCAAUCCUCAGUGCACUUUGCGUUGGAUCUGUGGUCGCUUGGAUGCAUUGCGUACGAGGUGCUGUGCGGCCGGCCGGCGUUCGAGGCCGCGAACGCACAAGAGACGAUUGCGCGAAUCACCUCGGGACAGGUGGACUUCCCGCCUUCGCUUCCCGCGGACGCGCGCGACUUCAUCUCGCGGCUGCUUGCGCUGGAGCCAAGCGCGCGUUUGGGCUUUAGCAACUUCGACGAACUCAAAUUCCACCCCUUCCUCGCCCCGUUCAGCGACGCGCUUUGGCGGCUGCCCUCCGUGCCGCUCACGCGCAUCUACGAGCGCAGACGGCAGAAGAAACGUCACCUGACAGGCGACUUCUCCGGGCUGGGGGCGCUGGCGGCCGACGCCGCGCGGACGGACAGGCUUCCGGGGGUCACCGCGGAGCGCUACAGAGCUGACGAUCCGCGCCGAGACGAGAAGGGGCGCCGCGCGAGCGCAGGCGAGGCGCCCGUGAUGAGGCGAGAGCGCGAGCCGAGGGCGGAGGAGCCGCGCGGAGAGGGCGCGGCCGGGGAGGGCGACGCGAAGUCAAGCCACGGCGAAGUGAAAGACCUCGGCGCGAGGGAGCACGCGCCGAGCCACGCGCCGCAGGAUGAGCGGAAAGCGAGCGAUGAGCGCGGCGUCUCUUGGCAGGACCAGAAGCGCGAGGCGCUUGAGACGAACGCCCGCGUGCAGGGCGUGGCCUGCGAACGGGAGGGCCGCCGCGUGGUCGAGCCCCGGGCGACCACGCCGACUCUGGCGUCUUCAUGGGUGUUCGGACCGAAACACGGAAAGCGAGACACCGCGGUGUCGUCCCAGCUUUCGCAGGUCUUCGCAGAGUCGCAGUAUACGCCGACCAGAUCCCAACCCUCGUCGGUGCCGGUCUCGCCCUCUGCCGGCGGCUCUGGACCCCACCUCGCGUCGUUUGUCGUCAGCCGGCAGGCGUCGUUCGAAGGCCUCUCGCAACGCCGCGGAUCUCCACUCGAGCUGGGGUUUGGCCCGUCGAACUUCGACGUCUUCUCGCCUUCUCAGUCGCGUUUGUCAUCGCCGUCGGUGCCCCUGAGAGCCGCGCUCGGCGACGCAGGCAGCGUCGCGCCGGCCGCCGUUGAGACGCGGCAGCCCCUCGGCGCGUCCUUCGCGCUGCUGCAGUCUGAGAUCAUGCCCGAAGUUGCGGACGGAUACGACGAGCCGGGAGACCUCGAGUCGUCUCUGGAGUUGACGCCCUCGCUCGGUUUCGACUCGUCUUCACUCCGCCGAGCGGCGAUCGCCUCGCUUGCUUCGUGCUCCGAGUCGUCUCAUCGCGCGGUCUCUGCUCUGUCGCCGUUGCGGGUGCCCUUCUGCGCCUUUGCCGCGCCGACAGACGAGCUGAGCCUCGACCAAGGCGCCCGCAGAGACGCCGAGGAGCUGCGGCCGCCGCCGCGCGUGUGGCAAGCCGCCAGGCGGCACGUACAGCGGCCCCCCAGCCCUGCAGGCGACGCCGAAGGCGUCGCCUCUGCGCGCAGGCCCGCGGGGCAGCGGCCGAGGGAGACCAGACACAAGCGCGCGUCGUCGCGAGGCGCCAGUCCCCUCGGGGGCGGCGGGGGGUCUCCGGAGCUCCCCCGGGCGACGGACCGGGUACGAGUCGCUCACGGGGACAGACCAGAGGCUGCGAGCCGCCGAGGACGAGCCCAAAGAAGAGACCGAGGCAAGCCCAGGCGCCGGGCCAGCCGGAGACACGAAGGGGAGCGCAGUCGUGAUCUGAGGCGGUGCGCAGAGGAGGAUGCAGCGAGCGACGACUACGGGAACGCGUCGUCGGGGGGUCGUGGAGGACAACAGGGGCGCAGAGACUCGUCGAGGGAGGAGACGAGCUCCGAGGGACGCCUGGAGGCGUCAUGGAGACCCGCCCGCAGCGGGGGGAGGGUCGGGCGCAGACUGGAAGGGGAAGUGGAAGGCGGCGCCGACUCCGAAGGAACCUACCUGCGGCUCGAGACGGGGUCGCGGAGUCUGUCGCGUGAACCGCUGGAAGGCUACGCGCCCUUUGUUGCUGCAGCCGAAAGCAUCUACGUCUCCGAAGGCGAGCGUCCAUUUGCGACCGCGCCCCCAGCCGGAGGGCCUCUCGCAUCCUUCCUCCACGACGACGAGUGUGCAGUGUUAUGGGGUCCGCUCACGCGCAUGCAAGAAGUUACAACCCCCUGCGAGCGCCUCUGCUGGGCUUGCAUGCGGCGACGCGGCUACCAGCUCUACGGAAACAGUCACGCAGCGCUGCAGCCGGAGCCUUGUCUGGCGCUUCUCACCGAUCAGGCGCGCCUGCUGCUUCUCGAUCCUUGCAAAUGCAGCCUCAAGAAGAGCAUUUUGCUGUCCGGCGAAGGCAUCGCUGUGGCGCCGGAAGGAGGCGACGUCCUCUUCUACCAAUCGCCGCGAUACUCGCUGCUGUUCCUAGACGACCUCAAGCAAGCGGAUCUCUGGGCGGAAAUGAUGAGGCGCACAAUUUUCUUGCGGGGGCGCUCGCGGUCUGCCGCCCCUCCAGCGCGGCGGUUUUCCCUCUGUCGCAGGCGCGCGUUGUCUCUGCUGCCUCCCUCCCGGCGCGUCUUCUCGUCGCUCGCCUCGCUCUGCGCGAGCCGCGAGAAGCCGCGCUUUUCCAAGACGCGGCGCGGCGAUUCAGGCUUGACAAGAGCCGGUCGAGGGGGUGAACGACCCCCAGAGGGCCCUGAGGCCCUCUCAGACGACGCGGCGCGCGUCCUGCCCGCCAGUCGGUCGGCAUCUCCGACGCCGACGGGCUCGCGCGGCGUAGGCGGGGGCACGCGGCGGUCGAGGGGCCCCCGGCGUCUUAGCGAGCGGCGCCUGCGCGACGAUUCUCUAUCGUCGCGUUCACGCAUUUCCGAUGGUGAUGGAACGCCAAAGAUGAGCUCUGACACGCACGGAAAGGCAGCAUGCGUGCUGCGUCGCCGGCGGUCUUCGGUCGAGAAAUCGACAACAGCCGGGGGUGACGGCGAGGAGAGAGACGAGACCGAUUGUGACGCGUUCUCUCAGCGCCUGGAGGACGACGCGGAGCCUCGUUCCCCGCGAAACGGCUGGGAGGCGGAGGGCGGCGGACGCGGUGGCGGCGAGUUGGACUCGUCGGGUCCCGGGCGGCACCCUGUAGCCAGCAGAAAGCUCUCUGGUCUGUCGCUUCCUCGUGCGCUUUUGGGCGAAGCGAAGAAAGUCGGGAACGCCGCCGCGGGUGCUGUCCGCACACUGCAUAGAAAGUGGAAAAAUCAAGGCAGCUUUUCUCUGCACUUGUAA